AUGGGUGCUUGUUUUUCUACGAUAAAAGUUAGUGGCUCUAACAGCAACAACAACAACACCAACGUUAAUCACAACAGAAAGGAACCCACAAAGCCACAAACAAGGACAAAAAAAACAACAGCGGCAACAAGAAACAAGAAAGAAGUUGUGCAACAUCAUCAGAACAAUAAGAAUGUUAACAAUGAGGCAGAAAAGAAGCUAAAGGUCAAAGAGAAGCAAAGUAGCAAGGCGAUCCCUUGUGGGAAAAGAACAGAUUUUGGUUAUCAUAAAGAUUUUGAUAUGAGAUAUGCAAUUGGAAAAUUAUUGGGUCAUGGUCAAUUUGGUUAUACAUAUGUUGCUACUGAUAAGGCUAAUGGAGAUCGGGUUGCUGUCAAGAGAAUUGAGAAAAAUAAGAUGGUUCUUCCUAUUGCUGUAGAGGAUGUUAAACGAGAGGUCAAGAUAUUGGAGGAACUUACAGGCCACGAGAAUGUAGUUCAGUUUCAUAACGCAUUUGAGGAUGAUUCUUAUGUAUAUAUUGUUAUGGAGUUAUGUGAGGGUGGAGAAUUGCUAGAUCGGAUAUUGGCAAAGAAGGACAGUCGUUAUACUGAGAAAGAUGCAGCUGUAGUAGUGCGACAGAUGCUCAAAGUUGCAGCUGAAUGUCAUUUGCAUGGCUUGGUGCACCGCGACAUGAAGCCUGAGAAUUUUCUUUUCAAGUCAACCAAGGAGGACUGUUCUCUGAAAGCUACAGAUUUUGGUUUGUCAGACUUCAUAAAACCAGGCAGGAAGUUUCAAGAUAUUGUUGGCAGCGCUUACUAUGUUGCACCUGAAGUAUUAAAACGCAAGUCUGGACCUGAAUCAGAUGUCUGGAGUAUUGGUGUGAUUACAUACAUUUUGCUAUGUGGGAGGCGUCCAUUUUGGGAUAAGACUGAGGAUGGUAUAUUUAAGGAGGUUUUAAAAAACAAGCCUGAUUUUCGCCGUAAACCAUGGCCAACCAUUAGCUCUAGUGCAAAAGAUUUUGUGAAGAAGUUACUGGUGAAGGAUCCUCGGGCAAGACUUACUGCUGCUCAAGCUCUAUCACAUCCAUGGGUCAGAGAAGGAGGAGAUGCAUCUGAGAUCCCUAUUGACAUAUCUGUCCUGAAUAACAUGCGACAAUUUGUGAAGUACAGCCGUUUGAAGCAGUUUGCUCUAAGGGCAUUGGCAAGCACAAUUGAUGAAGAGGAACUAGCUGAUCUUAAGGAUCAAUUUGAUGCCAUUGAUGUGGAUAAAAAUGGUGCUAUCAGUCUUGAAGAAAUGAGACAGGCCCUUGCUAAAGAUCUUCCGUGGAAGUUGAAAGAAUCACGUGUCUUAGAAAUUGUUCAAGCGAUUGACAGUAACACAGAUGGACUUGUAGAUUUCCCCGAAUUUGUUGCAGCUGCUCUGCAUGUCCAUCAAUUGGAGGAACACAACUCUGAGAAGUGGCAGCUGCGUUCACAGGCUGCUUUUGAGAAAUUUGAUAUUGAUAGAGAUGGAUAUAUAACUCCAGAAGAACUUAGAAUGCACACGGGCUUGAGAGGUUCCAUUAACCCAAUUCUUGAGGAGGCUGACAUUGACAAGGAUGGUAAAAUAAGCCUUUCAGAAUUCCGCAGACUUCUAAGAACUGCUAGCAUUCAUUCACGAAGUCUCCUGUUACCGGAGGCAAUCAAGGGAUUACCCCAUAGUUCCACGACAACUAUUAAACAUUGCUACUUCCACGCUGAAGCUGUUAGAAAUGAUUUCAUGCUUGUCAGGCUAAAGCUCAAAUUAAGGACAUUAUCAUCCGAGGGUCAUGAGAAACACAUGCAUCUUAACAGUCGGGUACUUGGAAAGCAUCAAAGGCACAAACAACUGGAAACCUCAGUUAGUAGGUUUUGGGACAUCCCCCACGCUGUUAGAGGAGCUGCCUUGAAGAACUUGAGCUGA